UUGCCUUAAAUUAUAUUUUUUGUUUUUUCUUAAUAUUAUUGUUUGUUGAUAAAAAUGCCGGUUAUUAUUUUUAUUUAUUUUUAAAGGUUAUUUUAACUUUUAAAUAUUUUUUUUGUAAAUUAAAAAAAAAUUAUUUUCUAAACUUUUAAUUAGUCAUGUCUUCACUCGUUCAAGAUGAGACGGAAUGCAAAUCAACUCUGGGUACUUUAUUGUAUACAGAGAGAAAAGUUUAUGGAUUUUCUGCUAAAGUGGUUGAUGUAAUUCUUCCAACAAGCAGUCUAUUUGGGCAUGUUGAAUAUAAAUUGGAAUUGAAGGCUUCACCACACAAUGCAAUAGAUAAUGAACCUCGUAUUUUUAACAUGUCAACACGUUUUAAAGUUAUCAGCCGUCUUUACUCUACACUUGCAAUGAUUCAUCGCAAUCUUUAUCUAAAAGACAAAUUUCCAUCCUUUGCCGAACCCAAAUUUUUUGGAACAGCAAGUCCAGAGACGGUGACAGAAAGGAGGAAUGCUAUAGACACUUUUUUGCAAUUUGUUUUGAAUAAUGAGACGCUUUGCAAGUCGAGAGCUCUUCAGGCUUUUAUUGAGGAAACAAAAGAAUUUUUGCCAACAGAUAGCAACGAAACUGAAGAAAUUGAAAUUAAAUCGAAUGACGUUGAAAAUAAUAAAAUUGAAAAUACCUCAGAAAAUAAGCAAAAUGAAGUUAAAGAAAAGGGGGAGGAGAAGGAAGAAGUUAAAUAA